AUGCGCAACUGGGGUGACGAAUCUUCCACUGAUUCUCACGAGUCUUUCUACUUUCAGGAAAUCGCUCUUGCAAUACCAGCGAUGGGCUCAGUAUCUAUUAUCAGGCCAGGAGGAAUCGAUGCGACUGAUACUGCCCAUCGAGAAAAGAACAUCGAUACGACAGGCUCGGAAGAGAGCGACCCCAUCACUCACACGAAUUCCUUCAAUGAUGUCGAUACCAAGAAAUUGCUUCGCAAGCUGGAUCUACACUUGAUUCCGUUCCUUGCGCUCAUCUACCUCCUAUGCUUUCUCGACCGCACCAAUGUUGGAAAUGCGCGCCUCGCCGGCCUCGAGACAGAUUUGAAAAUGAAGGGUCUGGAUUACAACAUCGCCCUGGCUAUCCUGUUCCCUUUCUACGUCCUUGCCGAGAUCCCAAGCAACAUGAUGCUGAAGCGGUUCAGACCGUCGAUCUGGUUCACGGUUAUAAUGGUCUCAUGGGGACUGGUAAUGACCUGCACGGGCUUGAUACAUAACUUCCAAGGACUACUCGCGUGCCGAGCUUUCCUAGGUCUCGCAGAAGGCGGUCUAUUUCCAGGGAUAACCUACCUCAUCACAAUGUGGUAUCGGCGCAGUGAAUGUGGCUUUCGGAUAGCAUUGUUCUUUUCUGCUGCUACAGCAGCUGGUGCUUUUGGUGGACUGCUCGCUCGAGGCAUUUCGGAAAUGGCUGGCGUUGGUGGGAAGCCGGCGUGGGCUUGGAUAUUCAUUCUUGAAGGUCUCCUAACCAUGGUGGUUGGUGCUUUCUCGUACUGGGCCGUCAACGAUUAUCCCUCAACAACUGAGGUCGAACGACGAUUGUCGGCCGACAGCGGUCUGUCCGAAGAGUUCAAUCUCAAAUACGUAGGCCAUGCCAUGAAGGACUGGAAAAUCUGGGUCAACAUGGUGAUCACGAUUGGGAUCUUCACACCACUAUACUCUUUUGCCCUGUUUCUUCCUACGAUCUUGAAGAAUCUUGGUUACACCAAUAACAAGGCACAGCUGAUGACCGUGCCGCCCUACGUAGUAGCUUGCAUCUUCACCAUCCUGAGCAACUAUGCUGCUGAUAAGGCAGGACAGCGAGGGAUUUUCUUGCUAGGCUUCCAGUCCUUAGCAAUCAUCGGGUUUCUAAUGCUGGUCACAAACGGGAUUCCACAUGUACAAUACGCCGGGACAUUCCUGGCUGCCUCCGGAAUCUAUUCUCUUGUUCCACUCAUUACAGCCUGGACCAGCAACAACAUCGGCGGCAGUAUGAAGCGAGGGGUAGGGAUUGCAAUGCAAGUUGGCUUCGGGAACCUGGGAGGAGCCAUCUCUGGUUUUGUCUACCUGUCAAAGGAUGGACCGAGGUUUGUCAAAGGUCAUUGCAUUCUGAUCGGACUCACCUCAAUGUCGUUUAUCCUGACAUCGAUCAUGACGUUGUACUACCGCCGAGAGAACGCUCGACGUGAUGCUAUCCUUGCCGAGGGGAACUAUUCGGAUGAACAGAAGUUGGCUGAGCGUGAGAAAGGUGAUGAUGCUAUGUUCUACAGAUACACCGUUUGA